AUGGAGGCCAUAGACGCCAAUGAAUAUUUGAUACAAUUCCUAGGGAGCAUCGAUAAUCUUCCAUCGGAAAUUCAUUAUCACUUUACAGAACUCACGAAUAAGGAUCAAGAAAUUGAAAAGAUAACAGACCGAAUUGAGCGUCGCAAGAAGAGGUUAUGGUGUCUAUACGAUGGGGUUCCUUUCGAAGACGAAGAUAGCGAUUGCUCGGUUGUCGAAAACAAGCGACGUCGUGUUGCCCGCGUUAUAACGGAGUUCGAGGAUGAAGAAGUUCUCAAAGAUAAGAUAAUCAAAGAUUACGUGAGAGCAUCACAACUACAAGAUGAGAAAAUCGAGAUUGCAGACAAAGCCCUUGUACUAGUGGAAAGACACAUCAAACGUCUUGACGAGGAUUUCAGCAGUCUAUUUCCGCAUUAUAAUCUUCGCGAGUGUAUCAACGAGUCUUUUAACUCGGCAUCUUCCAGUCCCAGCAGAAUAGAAUCGAUGAGUGCGGCGACAACGAUUCAGACGAUAACAGAUUUCAAUGGCACUCCAGUCACGACCAGAGCAACAGUGCAUCAACCAUCCACAGCGUUAACGUUAGCUUCAACAUCGACAUUCCCUAACACAACACCUUUUGACUACAACAACGGAUUAUAUUAUCCGUCAGGUGCAGAUACUACCGAAGAAGGCCAAUUCUGUAAGCCAUCCGAAUGUUUGAGAAAUUUUGAGAUUCCAUUGCCUUUAUUACCAAAUCCAUCAAGUUCUUCAGCAACCCGCUGCAAUAAAGACUCUACAGCGUCAGGACGACGACAAUCAUCAAUAGCAACUGUAGCUAAUAACGGGCGACGUCGGAAACAAAGUCACACACCGACAUAUGUGCCGAACGUAGAUUCAUCAACACCAGUCGGCAACAAUGCCCCCUCCUCCAGAAGUAUCAAAUUACGAUUGCUUUCUGGUGACGAGCACAUAAACACGGGAUCAUCAAUCGUUGACCAAGACGCAGGCGAAAUUGAUAAUUCUAGUAUUCUGGAUUCCGAGACUAUGAAUGAAUAUGAUAAUACGCUUGUGGCGGAAAACAGCUCUUAUGAGUCGGGUUACGUUCAGCCCAUUGAUCCAAACGAACCGGUAUACUGUGUUUGUAGACAAGUUAGUUUUGGAGAAAUGAUUGGUUGUGAUGGAGAGAAUUGUCCAUUUGAAUGGUAUCAUCUUGAUUGCGUCGGACUGAAGGCCGUGCCGGAAGGCCGGUGGUUUUGUGAUCAUUGCACUGGUGCCAAUCAGAUGAAAAAGAGAAAAAGAGGACGACCAGCUGGAUCAAAAAAUAUGAGCCCAAAUCCACACGAAUCCGCACUUACCCCCAACAUACAAACACCUCCACAAACACAAUCGCAUACAUAUUAUCAAACCACGCAUGUAACCACCAAUCCGCAACAAAAUGGGACAAAAUCCACAUCACGGAGGAAAAAUACACCACCACUUUCUAAUAAGGCAUCCCCGCUCCCCAGUAAAUCCCCCAGAUCGUCAAAAUACUGA